CUUUUCAGUAAGUUGCGUAUUUUAAUUUCAGAAGCGAUGGAAAUUACAACGCAAAUCAGACAAGGUGCUUAUUCUGUUACAGUUUUGGAGGGCCAUGCCCCUGUAACUUUUCAAACCUCUACACAGGAAUGCGGCGUCCUCAACAUUGGAAACCUACAGACCAAGGGCAAAGUGCUGAAAAGACAGCGCUCUAGCUCGCCGGAACUGCUCCGAUGCAAAAGGAGACUGAGCUUCAAUGGACUGGGCUACGCUCUCCCCCUACAGCAACCGGUUGCUGUGACCAGACGCAACGAGCGCGAGAGAAACCGCGUGAAACAGGUCAACUUGGGUUUCCAAACGCUGCGCCAGCACGUGCCUAACGGGGCAGCCAACAAGAAGAUGAGCAAGGUGGAGACGUUGCGUUCGGCAGUGGAGUACAUCCGCGCGCUGCAGCACCUGCUCGACGAGCAUGACGCGGUGUCAGCGGCGUUUCAGUGUGGGGUUAUGUCCCCUACCAUAUCAAACAAGAACUCAGUGGACCCCGAAUCCCCCCGCUCUACCUACUCCUCGGACGACGGAAGCUACGAACAUCUAAGUUCUGAGGAGCAGGAGCUGUUGGAUUUCACCACCUGGUUCGACAGAUACUGAUCCGGUGCAAAAAAUGAAGUUUCAAUGAAAGGAGUUUAUCCGGAGUACCUCUUCCUCGCCGUUGCCAUGCAACAAGAGAGCUGAGAGGUUAUUCUGAGUAUCCCCAAACAGAGGAAGCUACUGGGCUCACUAGACACAGGACACUUGCUGAACCAAGUCAAUGGAAUUAACAUUAUAACCGUUAAUCUAAGUGCAAUUAUAAUAAUUAUAUUUCGUUGUAGAACUAGGGCAGCCUGAUGGAAAUCUGCCGUUGCAGAUUCAGAGUAAAGGGAGAGUUUCUGGACUAAACACUGAAUCGGGUGUACUGAUCGCGAAAC